UGUAAAGGCCCUCAGUUCAAUCCCUGGUAUUGAAGAAAAAAAAAAAAGCAGCUGUGAUUACUCCACAAAGGGACUGCAGAGCUGUCGAGAGAAUGACAGCCUCCUGUCAGUCCUCAGUGUCUCAUUGGCCUGGGUCCCAGAGCACAACCAUGGCCUGAGAAAAGGUCUCAUGGUCGAAAUGGAUCUUCAGUACCGAAGAGAUAUGAGGACGUGAACUCCAGCAUUGUCCGUAAUAGGGCAAGACUGGAAACACCCCAAACGGCUGUCAAGAGCCGGGUUAAAUGCACUGCGGUUCAUCCUACAGUGCAAUGCUGUGUAGCUGCUUAAACGAACAAGGUGGGUCUAUGCUAUACUGUUAAGUAGAAAAUGCAGUGGGUUGACUUAUUUCUGUAAAAAAAAAAAAAAAAAAAGACUUUUUAAACACAGAGAACAAAUCUGGAGUAAGUUGCUCUAUUAAUAAUGUCAUCUCAGAAGGUUGGGCCAGGGAAAUCACAAGAGGAGAGCCCAUGUUACAUGUCUAUGGCCAGAGCUUUGGUGAAGCUUGUGUAAUCUUUAAAACAAAUAAAAAGUUUCAGUAUGUUUGCAAGUUUAGAAAGUCUCCGAAACAAGUAGCAAGUAGCCUGGGGGAGGGGCGGGCGGAGGGCCAUGUCUAUGGCCAGAGCUUUGGUGAAGCUUGUGUAAUCUUUAAAACAAAUAAAAAGUUUCAGUAUGUUUGCAAGUUUAGAAAGUCUCCGAAACAAGUAGCAAGUAGCCUGGGGAAGGGGCGGGCGGAGGGCCUGCGCACGCGGGAGGCCGAGCCGGGGGCUGCGUGUUCGGCAGCGCCGUUGGGGGCCAGCGCGGGGCCAGCGCGCCCCAGGCGUGUUCGGUGGCCGACGCUCCGCAAGCGCCGCCCCGGAGAUGGGUGCUCAGUGGACACAGACUCAGACGCUGAAGAAGGCGCAUCCGGCGGAGAGGCAGAGAUGGACUUCCUGAGGAAUUUCUUCUCCCAGACCUUGGGCCUGGGCUCCCAGAAGGAGCGUCUACUGGACGAGCUCACUCUGGAAGGGGUGGCCCGCUACCUGCAGAGCGAGCGCUGCCGCAAGGUCAUCUGUUUGGUGGGAGCUGGAAUCUCCACUUCGGCCGGCAUCCCUGACUUCCGCUCUCCGACCACCGGCCUCUACGCCAACCUGGAGAAGUACCACCUUCCCUACCCCGAGGCCAUCUUUGAGAUUGGCUAUUUCAAGAAACAUCCAGAGCCCUUCUUUGCCCUCGCCAAGGAACUGUAUCCCGGGCAGUUCAAGCCGACCAUCUGUCACUACUUCAUCCGCCUGCUGAAGGAGAAGGGGCUGCUCCUGCGCUGCUACACACAGAACAUUGACACCCUGGAGCGUGUGGCCGGCCUGGAGCCCGAGGACCUGGUGGAGGCCCACGGCACGUUCUACACCUCACACUGCACCAGCCAGCUGUGCCGGCGCGAGUACUCUCUGGGCUGGAUGAAAGAGAAGCUCUUCUCCGAGGUGACCCCCAAGUGCGAGAAAUGCCAGAGCGUGGUGAAGCCUGACAUCAUCUUUUUCGGUGAGAACCUCCCACCGCGGUUCUUCUCCUGCCUGCAGUCAGACUUCCGGAAGGUGGACCUCCUCAUCAUCAUGGGCACCUCGCUGCAGGUGCAGCCGUUCGCCUCUCUCAUUGGCAAGGCACCGCUGUCCACCCCGCGCCUGCUCAUCAACAAGGAGAAGACGGGCCAGACGGACCCCUUCCUGGGAAUGAUGAUGGGCCUGGGAGGCGGCAUGGACUUUGACUCCAAGAAGGCCUACAGGGAUGUGGCCUGGCUGGGUGACUGUGACCAGGGCUGCCUGGCCCUCGCUGACCUCCUUGGAUGGAAGAAGGAGCUGGAGGACCUGGUUCGGAAGGAGCAUGCCCACAUAGACGCCCAGUCGGGGUCGAGCACUCCCAACCCCACCUCUACAGCCUCCCCAGGGAAGUCCCCACCUCCUGACAAGGCAGAGAAGCCCCAGUGAGAGCCCACCUCCCCGGCAGGACACCCAUCUGCUCUGGGACAGCGGAGCCCCAACCCGCGCCAGCCCCCCCCAACCUGGAGCCCUCGUCCGAAGAGCUCAGUCCAUCCCUGCAGGCUCUAACCACUCCCUCCUGACCUGCGGGAGAGCCCAGCAAGUCUCUAACAUCCCCCAGGGGCCAAGGCCUGAGCGGCCUGUCUCUAACAGCCCCGGUCUCUAACCACCCCAGAGGUAAGAAGCAACCUCCCUUAAUCUCUAACUACUCCCAGGGGCACCCCAAAACUCCCACCUCAGGACAGGGGGCCCCCUACUCUCUCUGCUGUUCCCAGGGGCCUGUGGCCAGGUAAACCAAAUCUAACCUAGCCCAGCAGGGGUGUCGGCCCUCCAAGUACAACACCCCAUGGGUGUGGGGAGCGUUCUGAGCCUGAAGGGCUCCCAAGGCUCUGCCACCAAUGCCCAGGAUGGGUGCUGGGCCCCUUUCCCCUGGGACCCACUUCCCACGCGGGGUGGGCAGAAGGCAUUGCUUAUUGGAGAUAAAUUAAAAAUCAAAAACCAACUAA